AUGGAUGGAAGGAGAUACCGGCUCCUCAGUGGACCUCCAGGGCCUGUUGGACCACCAGGGAGAACAGGGUGCGCUGGCAAAAGGGGCUAUAUUGGAUACAAGGGUGAUAAGGGUUCUCAAGGAGACCAAGGAGCAGAUGGGACAAGAGGCAUACCAGGACCUCCAGGUCCACCAGGACUCCCAGUCCUCUACCUUUGGAGGAACACAGAGGAGGAUUGGGCUGCAUUUAAGAGAACAUCUUUUUACCAGUUGCUGGCAGCUGGAUGGCCAAGACAGACAGGACACCCUGGACCAAUGGGUGAGACGGGGAGACCUGGUUUACCUGGGUUGCCUGGAGACCCAGGUCAGGCAGGACCACCAGGCCUAAGAGGCGAAAUGGGUGGCAUUGGACCAAGGGGUGUUCGAGGCAGAGCAGGGACUCAAGGAAGAGACGGAGAGAAAGGUCCAGAUGGGGUGACAGGAUCUCCAGGGGUUCCUGGCCUACAGGGUCCUCGUGGUUUCAAAGGUGACACAGCGCCCCCUGGUGAGAAAGGAGAUGAGGGUUUUCCUGGCGAUCCUGGCCUCAGAGGAGACAAAGGACAGACUGGCCUGAAGGGCUCAAAAGGAGAAAUUGGGUUUACUGGCUUUUCUGGUCCUCCAGGACCGGUUGGUUUACAAGGUGUUCAAGGGAUUCCUGGACCAUCUGGUCCUAAGGGGGAUCCGGGCAAUGAUGGAAAACGUGGUCCUCCAGGGACAGUGGGAGCACCAGGUGCUACAGGAUUGGUUGGUGCACAAGGUGUUAAUGGCUCUGAAGGCGACGCUGGACCUGCUGGCGCUGUGGGGCGGAAAGGCCCUCAGGGGCCAAGAGGGAUCGAGGGAGACAGAGGCCCACCUGGUGAUCCAGGAUCACAGGGUCUUCAAGGUCAGACUGGUCCACAGGGUCUCAAAGGUGACCUGGGGCCAGAGGGUCCAGCAGGUAACAGAGGGCUACAAGGCAUUGAAGGGCCCAUGGGUACAACUGGAGAUCCAGGUCCAAAAGGUUUUCCAGGUGUCACAGGCAGUAGGGGACCAGAUGGAGAGAAGGGUGACAGAGGACCCAAGGGGAAAAAAGGAACAAAAGGAGCAUCAGGGAUCAUGGGUCCACAGGGUGAAAGGGGCCAGUCAGGCCUCCCCGGUUUACCUGGUGUCAAAGGUCAGCCAGGUGCUCCAGGUGUCCAGGGUAUAAAUGGUGAAGUAGGUCCUCAGGGAACACUUGGAAAAGAGGGUCAAAAGGGCAGCAGGGGUGAACCUGGUGAUAAUGGAAGAACAGGACUCAGAGGAUCCAGAGGUCGAGCAGGCCAACAUGGUCCCCCUGGUGUACCUGGAAUAGUGAUUUAUUUGGUUCACGUUUUAUUGAAUUGA